UUGGAAAAAGUUAUCGCGAUUUUGCAUUUUCUCAUGCUGCCGCCAUUACCUUAUUUUUCGUGUUGGUGACGCUUGUGUGUGUAUUUGUUUAAUUUCUUUAAAGGAACUUUUAAAAAGCCAUGAAAAUGGUUGAUAAAAUCGACAUGAGUUUGGAUGAUAUUAUUAAAUCGAAUAGGGGUGGUCGACGAGGCGGCGGAGCUAAACGUGGUGGAAGAGGUGCAAUCCGUGCAGGUAGUGGCCGCCGUGGCGGCGGGAAUUUCAGAAGAAGCACCGGCGGCGUACAAAGAGGCCGCAGUCGCGGUGGAAUUGCUAGGCAAUACACCAGGGGAGACGUGAACAGUGCUUGGAAGCACGACCUUUUUGAGGGUUACGGCCCACGUAAAGUUGCGGCGGCCAGAUCUUUAGUACAGUCCAAUGUCGGUCCGACUAAAUUAAUGGUAUCCAAUCUCGAUUUCGGCGUAUCCGAUUCGGAUAUACAAGAAUUGUUUGCCGAAUUUGGACCGUUGAAAAGUGCCGCCGUACAUUAUGAUCGGUCCGGACGGUCUCUCGGUACUGCCGAUGUCAUUUUUGAAAGGCGAGCAGACGCAAUAAAGGCUAUGAAACAAUACCACGGCGUGCCGUUAGAUGGACGUGCCAUGAACAUUCAACUUACUACCUCUGAAAUACCGUCAGUCACUCGCGGCGGUCGUUUGGGUCAGAAUCGGUUCAGUAGUCGUACUCAGUCAAUGCCACGAAGAGGAGGUACUGGCGGCGGUAAAGGGCGACCUGGAAGAGGUCGAGGUAGGGGUGCUAGAAAUCAAAAGAAACCGCCUACGGCUGAAGAACUGGAUGCCGAGUUAGACGCAUACAGUAAAGAAAUGAAGUAGUUAUUUUGUAUAUAAAUUAGUUUAGUUUCAAACAUAUUGUCGACAUAAGUUUCACAACGUAAUAUACCUAACUGAGUUCUG